CAAAGGAGACACUGCUGCAGUAACAUUGACAGAAGACCUAGCUAUUAAGCUGUCUACAGAGUCUAGUAUCAGUGAAAUGUUUGACAGCCGCAGGGACAAAUAUGUAUUAGCAACAUUGCUUAAUCCAUGUUUCAAGGGCAGAAUUGAAACCAUGCCUUCACCCUAUGCAG